AUGACUGAUGUUAAGAGAAAUUUUUCAGAUAUUGCGUCACCAGCAAAUCUAGAUGAAAAUAAAAAAAUUCAUACCCAAACCAAAGUUGGAAGAAAACCAAUAGAAACCGAACCAAAAUCCAAAAGAACCGCACAGAACAGAGCUGCUCAAAGAGCAUAUCGUGAACGUAAAGAACGUAAAAUGAAAGAUUUAGAAGAUAAGGUGAAAUUAUUAGAGGAUGCUAACGUAAAGGCUGAAACUGAGACUGAUUUCUUAAGAGCCCAAGUUGAUAUCUUGAAAAGUGAGUUGGCCAAAUAUAGAGGUGGAAAUACAGAUUUUCUGGACUUGAACUUGCCUACAAGAGUGGGUCAUUUGUCACAUCCUAAUAGUGGCAAUUAUCAACAUAGAAGUGAGAACACACCAAUGAGUUCUAUCUCCUCUUCAAACUCAAUUAAGAGUCCCGAUAUGGAUAAACCUUCUAGUGCUUCUUCAGUUUCCAAUAGUUCUCCGGGAAUUGCUUUUGAAAAUCCUUGGUCUAAAGAUAAUUUGCAAAAAUUAAAAGAGCUCCAACACCAACAAAAACUAAAAGUAGAACAUCAACAUCAGCACCACCACCACCAACAACAACAACAGCCGCAAAGAAUACCGCAACAAUCUCAACAGCAAACACAACAACAGGGAUGUCCUGAUUUGGUGCUGGGUUCAUCUUCAUCAACUUCUCCGUUAAAUGAUAAUUUGUUGGUCACUCCUGAUUCAUUAACUUCGGGUUCAACUAAUAACAACUACAACAACAAUGUGUCUAUGAAUUUUGGGUUUUCUAACGAUUUUGAUGAACAAGUGGAUCCAUUUUGUGCUCUGUUGAAUGAAGCUUGUGGCACUAGAAAGAACCCGGUUCCGAAGUAUAAACGUUCUGAUUCUAAAACAAAUACGAUGACUCAAAGUCAUGCAUCGCCAUUUUCAAAUUUGGUCACUCCUGAUGCCAAUGGGAAUGAAAGUGUUGCCAAUGUCACUGAUUAUAUGAAUGAUCCAUUUUUCAAUAGUAUGGCAACAGAUUAUAAUUUUAAUUUUAGCGACAAGAAGAACCUUGGACAAGAUCAAGAUCCAUUAUCUUUCCUUGACAACAAUUUUGAUGUUUCCUUGGCUUUUGGAGACCCUAGUCCCGAACAAGUACAAGACCCAAUUUCCCUUUUGACUACAGAAGAAUCCAUUUACGAUCCAACAGUUGAUAUCACAACAAAGGUGGAAGAUGUGAAUACAAACUUUAAUUUCAAUGAUUUUAUCAAGAGUUCAUUACCUGAGAAACAUACAAAACUACAGACAAAUAACAAGUUACCUAGUCGAGAAGAUGACGACAAUGAAAUAGUUCCUGCUCCUGAACAAACAUUGAAAUGUAGUGAGAUUUGGGAUAGAAUUACUGCACAUCCAAAAUACACAGAAAUUGAUAUUGAUGGAUUAUGUCAAGAAUUGAAGAAUAAAGCUAAAUGUUCUGAAAAAGGAGUGGUGAUAAAUACUGCUGAUGUUAAUCAAUUACUUGAACAAAGUAUAAAACGUUGA